CCAAGAUAUUCCUCAAAUCCGCAUUCAUCAGCAUCGUAGCUUUUUAGCCCAGGAAAUAAUCCUUCACCUCAUGAACUCCACAAUAACGUUUGGUCAUAAACCAACGAUACCACAACUUCACACAUUUCGACGUAUAAAAGAGCUCACCUAGACGGCCCAACAUGCCGGAACUGGAAUUGCCAGCUUUUGCAGGCUCUACAUAUUUGUCAAGAUCGAUCGUUGCUAGAGCACCCCUCGUCCAACUCCACCUUACGCGCCAGCAAUGCCUUCGUACGUGAUCACGGGUGUCUCGGGGGUCCUUGGGUUUGAGUUCCUCCGCCAGAUAUCCCAAUACCCCAGCAAUACCGUCAUCGGUCUGGUUCGUGACAAGGCCAGCACUGAGAAGAAGGUCUCUGAGCAAUUGGGGGGCCGCUCCAACAUCCACAUCUUGCAAGCCGACCUUAGCAACUACGAAGCCAUGAAGCGUUCCGUCGGGGAAACCGACGCCAUCACCGGAGGAACCCUGGACUACCUGAUCGCCAACGCCGGUUAUGUGUCGACAUGGGAUUCCUAUGACCCCAUCGGAGUGCUGGGCAAUGACCCAGCGAAACUUGAAGAGGAAAUGCUCAGGUGCUUCAAGAUCAACGUCGUGGGCAACGUCCAUCUCUUCAACAUCUUUAUGCCGUUGAUCCUCAAAGGCCAAGUCAAGAAGGUUGUGGCGAUAUCCAGCGGUACCUCGGACUUGGACCCGGUCCGACAGCACGACAUGGCCGUGUUCUCUGCAUAUGCGACCAGCAAAGCAGCCCUGAACUUUGUCGUCGCCAAGUUCAGCGCCCAGUACAGGAAGGACGGUGUUCUGUUUAUGAGCAUCUGUCCGGGCCUGGUAGAAGCCGGCCACUACACGAACCUGACCCAAGAGCAACAGAGAAAGCUCGAAUCCGUGUUUGCGCAGUUCACAGAGUAUGCGCCUCAUUUCUCUGGUCCAGCGCGCCCGGAAGAUGCUGUCCGAGAUGUCAUUUCGGUCUUGGAGAGGGCCAGCGUUGAGAAUGGAGAUGGUGGCUCCUUUGUCUCACACCUGGGAAACAAGCAAUGGCUGUAGGUCAAGAGGGAGCGCCGACGAGACGUC